GACUUUGAUCAGGAUUUAACCCUCUUGAUGACAUGGUACCGGCUAGAUGAGAACAUAGUUCCACCUGUAUACCGCCUGCUGCCUGUCAGUACACAUCACCCUGACUUCCUGAGCCGUGAUGGGGAGCGUAGAAAAGCAGCAAAAAAAGCAUGGCAUUUGUCCUGUAAACGAAUAUGUCAGGUGCUGCAACACAAUGGACCAGAAGCUAUUGGAGAGGCUAAAACCUUAUUCCUUCUUAGGACAGUAUUAGACUGGGAGGUCGACCAGGGUCUUGGAGCAAAGCUCCCUGCUGAGGAGUACAGUCACUGUUAUAAGCGCACCAUCACUGACCUGCUAUAUAACCUGAAGAGUGAAUAUGCUUCACAGUUUAUAGACCUGCGGAAAGGCAGAGCGGAGCUCAACCACACCCUGAUUCAAGCACAACAGAGCUUUAUCCACAAUAUCCAUAGCAAAUUGCGACACACUAAUAUCUAUGAGGUCAGUGUGAGUUGGGGGAAGAAAGGCCUCAGCCCCAAGCACAACAGAUCACAUCACUUCUACACAGAACAUCUCUGCUCUCAUUUUCUUCGCAAAGUAAUGGCAGCCUUCAAGAGGAUGAUACAUGUAAGAGCAAUCAAAAGCUCUUCUGAUAUUAUGAGAAAUGAAGAUUCACAAAUUCAAAUUCAGGAGACGAUUCAGCUUCACCUUAAUCAUGGAAGAAGACUAGCACAGAGCUUUGAGCUUAGGCAGAACUUCCUGCUGCUAGUGAGAGAUGCCCUGCAAAAGUCAGCCUCCUCCCAGAAUGCUUUGAUACUGUUAGGAGAGCCAGGUUCAGGAAAAAGCACCAUCCUGGCCACGGUGGCACAGCUUUUACCAACUUGGAUUCCUGGAGAUGUGACAGUGCUGGUGUGUUUUGUUGGACUGACGCCAGACAGCAGAAAUGUGCGUCUUCUCCUGCAAACUCUUUGCACACAGAUAGCAGCUGUCUACUGCAGAAACACAGAAAUAUCAGAGUCCUUGGAACAGCUGUUGAACGAGCUGCAUUCUUUGUUUAUGUUGGUGAAUGAGAACAAGCCUCUCGCUCUGGUGCUCGAUGGUCUGGAUGAGCUGAGUGAAGAACAUGAAGCUGACCUAUCCUGGCUCUACUCUCUUCUACCUCAACAUGUCUAUGCUAUCCUGUCAGCCAAUGCACAAUCCACCUCUGCUCAUUUACUCCAGACCCAAGCUAAAGUCUCAGUUCUUGCCAUUCCUCCUCUGACAAGUGAGGAAAUCAAAGCCAGUCUGAACUCUAAGCUUCUAGCUAACUCUUAUCAGCUUCAGGAGUAUCAGUGGAGCCUCUUACUGCACUCGUGUCUCUCUUGUCCUUUUCCUCUAUAUCUCAGAUUUGCCUACAAUGAAAGCAGAAAGUGGAGCUCUUUCUCCACUCUGAAACAGCUCUCCCUUCCUGGGGAUUUGAGAAAUCUUUUUCUGAUCCUCUUGGUACGUUUAGAGCGUGAGUAUGGAGAGAAUCUAGUGCGGCGUGCUACGUUACUGAUCUCACUCUCACGUAACGGUGUGACAGAAGAGGAGCUCUUGAAACUGUUAGGGCAUGACAGGCGGGUUUCCCAUGAACUUACACAGCUAUACAAUGAGACUCCAACCACCCCAGGAUAUCCCAGUGUACCUUAUGGUAUUUUGUGCCGGUUGAGGUGGGAACUCAGGUAUCACAUUAUGGAGGUAGAAAGUGAUGGUACAUGGGUAUUGUGCUGGACCCACAACGAAUUCAGCCAUGUCAUUACCCAACGCUAUAUGAAAACAGAAGACUCAAAACGGACUAUCCAUGCAGAUUUUGCUAAUUAUUACAGCUGUACUGAUUCUGAUAGUCAUAUUUUCCAGCCACUCGCAUGGAGUAGAACGGAAGAUGGCAGGAAAUGUUUUGUGUUUAAUUUGCGUAAGCUUCAUGGACUGCCCUACCAUCUUAUACAUUCAGAACAGAUUGUGUCUCUGCUCAACCAGUGCCUCUUUAACUAUGAGUUCCUUCUGCAUAAAGUCUUGGGUCUCUCUAUCAGCUAUGUCAAAGAGGAUUUGAAAGCUGCCAUUAUUCCAGAUAAAGAGUUGCCUGAUAUAGAUAUGUUAGACCAGGCUCUAUGUCUCUCACACCCUGUGCUGUUAAAAGACCCAUGUCAACUGGCGUCUCAACUAUUGGGGCGUCUCCUCCACAUCACUGCCCAGGAUAAGCCUGUGGCUCCAGGUGACCCUCAGCGCUACUCUUACUUGCAUAACCUCUUGACACAGUGCCAGUACUCAUCAAUGCCUGUAUUGCUGCCAUCUUACAGCUGCCUCCUGCCACCAGGAGGAUUAACACACACACUAAUUGCAGGUCAUCUGAGUCCUGUAAAAGCACUAGCCCUGGGUCAGUAUCAUGCAGUAUCAUGUUCUGUUGAUGGAACGGUUAACAUCUGGAAGUUGGGGAAUUCAGUAACCCUUGCCAAAUCCAUACCCAGUUCAGUGGGCUCUAAUCCAAACUGUGCUCCUGAAGAACUCACUCUCUGUCUGGAAGACACAGUGUUGGUACUAAGGAUGGGACACAGAUUUCAGGUGCAAGAUUUGCACUCUGGGAAUGUGAUUUAUACAGAUAUAGUGUCAGUAGAUGUUCCUGUCAUCACAUCUACCUGUGAUGGGAAGCUUUUGGUGGUGUUUUAUGAUGGCAGUCACAAAGUCAAGGUGUUUGAUUUAGAAGCAUCCUGCUCACUGCUUUACUGUGUGAAUCUCACUCUUGGUUGUGACCCUAUUCACAAAGAUGACUCCAUUCUGGUCUCCCACAACUCGAUUAAAGAUUAUGUCCUCUUUGGAUAUAGAAGUGGCAGAGAAGCCGGUGUUUUCAGUGCCAAAGCAGGAUCAGUAUUGGCUGUUCUACAAGCUCAGCAUCAGGCCGCCUCCAUACAGGCUAUGGAAAUGAAUUCUCAGUACUUCCUGCUUUUCUGCAGGUAUCCCUAUAAAAGAAACAGUGAUAUAAUACACAUCGAGCUCUUUAGCACUGCUUCUUUCCAGUACCUGCGCUCUAUUAUGGGCUGUAGCCAGGAUUACAUUUCUCAUGUAACUGUCAACAAGGGUGGCACUCAUAUAGUGGCCUUUUGCCCUUCACCUCAAACCGGAUCCACAGAAAUAAGUACAUGGAAUCUAGAGACUGAAGAUCAUAAACAUAUGGCACGAUUCCCUGGUCUUCUGACUGCAGGAAUAUGUUCGGACCUGCAUUUGUGUGUGGGGUUCUGUAAGGAAGAGCGGUACCUGCGACUGUGGAAUCUAGCUUCCAGAAUCAAUGACCAGUCUCUCACAUACAACAUCCACCGAGUACAGAGUGAUGGCAUUCAGGAGAUUAUAAUUAUGGAUAAAUAUCCCAGUUAUGUAGUGUGUCGCAGCACACGGCCUGGUACUGUGCGAGUCUGGAACAGAAGACGAGCACGGUUUAGAGCUCGGCCUGUCCGGGUGGAACACAGUUUAUUUACCAGUACCGAUGUUGCUUUGGUGCAAGACCUCAAACUAUACAUCCUGACUGACCAUGGCACUGCCACCUUUACUGAUACCCCCACACCAGUUUACCAGACCCUUCUGGUGUAUGACCUUCUAACGAGAAGCUACAUUAGGAAGCAGUCUGGCCUUUUUAUUGUACCCUGUCCUGAACAGGACUACCGGCUCAUGAAGGGAGAGCUACUACUUGGCCUGUCAGAGACUCGUGACCAUCUGAUAAUUUGGGACCUGAACUCUGGAUACAUUAAAGGCCGCAUUAAAAUAAAGCAUAAGGAUUCUUUGCUGUCUAGCUCUUUGGCUGAUGACAGUCAGCCCUUGAAUAUGUCUACUAGAGAGAGAUCAGAGCUGGUGAUGCCAUGGGACCGGCGCACAGAGAGCAAGACUGCCAGAAUGAGGAGACAGGAGAGUGAAUUACAGAGGGAGAAAGAAGUGCAGCAAUGUUUAGAGAGGGAGAAAUACAACUCCAUUGACCACUACCUCCUCAGUGGAGAUGAAAAGGUGGUAAUAUGUUCCUACUUUGCCCAUCACCUGAAUGUGUUCAGCGUUGUCUCUCAGGAGCACUUGCACACACUCGAAGAUUGUUCGUCUCUUCUAUGUUUCCGUAUUGCAGCACUCACACAUUCAGGAAGGCACUUAGUCAUCUCUAACUACAAUGAAUCUCAGCGAUCCCCUUACCUCACUCUCUGGGACACAAAGCAUGGCAAGGUGCAAAAGAGAUUGAAAAAGGCACCUGAAAUUUGCUGUGUGGCCAUCACAGAUGAUGCCAGCAGAAUUGCCUUUGGUAUUUCAAAGUGUAACAAAUUAAAAGUGUGGGAACCUUUUAGGAGAAAGCACAAGACCAUUGUGGGAUAUGGGAGCCUGAAGCUGAGUGUAUCUAGCAGGCUUUACAUCACCAAGGGAGGAGCUAAAGCCAUUUUGCUAGCAGAUGAGAUAAGUGUGUGGAACCUUGAUGCUGGGACAGUGUUGUCCAUCUUCACUCCAGAUUCCAGAAUUCAGUGUGUAUCUGUUGUGGAUGAUGAGAAGUGCACUCUUCUUGUGGGUUUCAGUGACAUUCCCACUCUUAUCAGCAUGACCCUUAGCAAACAGGGGGUCACCACAACAAACAAAAUUGCUGGACAUGAACAACUGUUUGGAGAGUCCAGUAGCAGUGAGGAAGAGGACUAAAACACAAAUAGGCCAUGUUAAGAAACACAACACACUGUAGCGCUGAUUCAUGAUUGUUGAGGAAGUAACUCUGCACAAUGGAAGAAAAAGUACUCGUCAGCAAUGGAUCUGUCAUCUUGUGUUUGCUUAACAGUCACAAGUUCCUGACGUUAUAACAAAACUACAGAUCUCAGCUAUACACUGAAAAUAGUGUAGCACUGUGAAUAGAUUUAUAUUUAGUGUCAAUAACUUAGAAUUCAGAUUUUGUUUUAUGAUGGAAAUAUAAGUUAUACUUUAUAUAAGACUUUUCAAAAGCUUUAUCAUGUU